GGUUGGCGUCCGGUCACCGAGAUGGAGGUUCGGGGUAAAGCGGGGCAGGAGAUGAGUCUGGCUGCCCUCCGCCUCACAGACCCCUACAUCAGGAGCAUCGUGGACCUGACCAGCCAGGUGGCUUUAUACAGCUACUGCCCCGGCACCGGCCAAUGGGAGAAGACGGAUGUGGAGGGCACCUUAUUCGUGUACACCCGGUCGGCCUCCCCCUACCACGGGUUCACCAUCAUGAACCGGCUGAAUAUGAACAAUUUGGUGGAGCCGGUCAACAAAGAUCUGGAAUUUCAGCUCCACGAGCCGUUCCUCCUGUACCGGAAUUCCAGCUUGUCCAUUUACAGCAUCUGGUUUUACGACCGGAGUGACUGCCAGCGGAUCUCCAAGCUGAUGGCGGAGGUGGUGCGUCAGGAAUCAGAGAGGGCAAAGAACAGGAAAAGCCCGACCACGGCCAGCGGUGCCAGCGAUCGGCCCAUCGACAUCUUGGAGAUGCUCAGUAAAGCCAAGAACGAAUAUGAGAAAGUAAGGAGGGGGCGAAACGCGAGGGGGGCAACAUGCGAAACGCCACGUUUGACCAAAGCUGACUCCUUGGAGACAACCGAACCUCCCGGUUCAUCUCAAGAGAAGCCGGUGCAGAAACACCUGACGGUGGAGGAGCUGUUUGGAACCUCGUUGCCCAAAGAGGAUCCUCCGCCGUCCAAGUACCCGGAAACGAGCGAGCUGCUGCUGCCGCCGGAGACGGGGGGCCACGGGCUGUUCCUGCCUUUCUCGUGUGAGCAGUCGAAGCAGCCGGAGUCUCUGAUCUUCGGCUCCAGUGCCAGUGAUUACGGCCACGCUGCCUGCACAGCUCCCGUAUUAAUCCCGCAAGCUGCAGCUUCACAACCAGACUCUCGGAAAAUGCAGGCGUUCCCGGGGAGUUUGAGUCCCGCUCCGGGUUUAUCGGAUGCCCCCCUCGGUUCCCCUUGCGUGAUGCACGGCAUGCGGCAGACGGGGAGGCAGCCGUCCCCGCUAAUGGGCCAGUCGGUGUCCGACCUCGGCGACGCUUCCCGCAACCGCCAGCUCCUUCCUCCUGUGGUCCCUGUUGGCCUUGGCAAGAUGCCCAACAUCCCUCACCCAGACGCCGAUCUCCUUCACAAGCUGAAGCUGACCCCGCAGGGCGAACCAACCCCGUCUCCUCCGAUCAGCAAAGCCAACAUUGCGCCCAAAUUCCCCGCUACGACGAGCCGACUUGCGACACCAGAAAGCUUUAAAGGAACUUUGCCCAAGACGGCGCCGUCUGACGGUGUGCUGCCGGCGGCUCCACAGUUUGUGGCGCCUACAUCCACAGCGGCGGCGUCGGUCCUUUUGUCGCCCAGCGUCUUCGCGCAGUCAGUCCAAAAACUCCCGAGUCAGGACGGCAACGCGAGGACGUCCUCACCGGUGCCCGCGGCCGGCGACGUGCUGAGACCCAACGCGUUGGCACUGAGCAGAUCUCAGCUCCAGGAAACCUUAGUCCAUCUCAUAAAGAACGAUUCCCGCUUCGUCAGGACGGUUCAUGAGGUUUAUUUACAAUCUCUCGCCAAGAGCUUCGAAAACAUCCAGCUGAGAUCUUCGGGGAAGACGUUUGGAAACGACCUCCGAGCAGCAGCCAAUCAGACGAUGGAGCGAGGCGCCAACAUUCACGGGACUCUGACUCCUAAAUCAUUUCGUUUGUUUAAAAUGAUCAUAAAGAUCGUAAAAGAAAACCCGUUGUUGCUGUUCGCGGCGUUUGGAUCCAUGCAGGAAGGCUGCAGCUGA